AGAAACCACUAUCAGUUUCUUACCGAAGUCUCUGGUCAGUUUUCCCGCGCUUUCGAGCAUAGGGAGAUAGAGAUGGCGAUGUUAGUGGCGAAUUUGUCUUCCUCAAGCGUCUGUUUGUUUCCCCCUCGCCGCUCUCAAUCUCAGAAGGAAAUCGGAAGCGACGUUAGAGUUCGAAGAGAUGUGAUUUCCAAUAAAGCUUCUCUGAGAACGGUGCCGCCUGUCGAAGACAGAAGAGAUUAUGCGGAUUCGAUCUCAACAUUUGAUCGAAGCUUAACGGAUGCGAAUACUCGAUUACGGAGAUUCUGCGAAGCGGGGAACCUGGAGAGCGCCGUGAAACUUCUUCGCGUAUCUGGGAAGUGGGAUAUUGAUCGGAGAACGCUAUGCUCUGUUCUUCAGCUCUGUGCGGAUACGAGAUCUCUCAAGGACGGUAAAGAAGUUGAUUCCUUUAUCCGUAGCAACGGGUUCGUCUUAGAUUCGAUUUUGGGGUCGAAACUCGCGCUUAUGUAUACAAACUGUGGAAUCGACAUCGAUUUGGCUACUGUAGUUAGCGUUUUCGCAGGCUGUGCUGAUUCAGGGUUUAUCUCCUUAGGUAGAGCUGUCCAUGGUCUUGGGCUGAAAGCUUGUUUGAGUAGAGAGGACCGGUUUUGUAAUAAACUGCUUGAUAUGUAUUCGAAAUGCGGCGAUCUAGACUCUGCUAAAGCUGUGUUUACGGAGAUGAGUGAUCGGACUGUUGUGUCAUACACUUCCAUGAUCGCUGGUUACGCUAGAGAAGGUUUGGCUGGAGAAGCUGUGAAGCUGUUUACAGAGAUGGAGGGAGAAGGUAUUAGCCCCGAUGCUCAUACCGUCACUGCGGUUCUGAAGUGUUGUGCACGUAAUAGGUUAUUAGAGGAAGUUUGGUAA